CCGGCGUGCACUGCCUCAACAUGGCGACUCGAGGGUUCAUCCGUGUGGCUUGCUUGGCUGUACUGCUUCUACAAGCGGUUUGCGUAAGGUCGAGCUCGCAGCUGUGCAAGGAGGAGGGGCGCUUCCCUCACCCCGACAGCUGCGGCAGCUACGUGGACUGCCUCCCUGGCCCCGGCGACGACUUGGUGGCGAGAGAGGGCGACUGCCACGGCUUCCCCUUCUCGCCCUCGCUCCGGCGCUGCGUCUCUCACGAGGAGUACCCCGAGUGCGUGCCCAAGGCGGCGCGAGUGGCCUUCCCGCUCUCCGACUUCGACUACCUGUGCGACGGGGGGGCGAGCUCGCCCGGCUGCAUCCACUGCCGGCUCGCUUACGAGUGCAUCGGCGGCAAGGCCUACAUCGACCCCUGUCUGGAGGGGAACACUUGCUCCGAUGAUAAGCUCUUUGGCGGCGGAGCUUGUCUGCCCUACAACUUCACUCUGGUUAAGUCUAACAAGUGUGACUGCAGCCAGCUCGGACUUGCCCCGGAUAGUUACAACUCUACGUACUAUUUGUACUGCGACCCCAACUCUGCUCCCGACGUGGUGGAAGUUUACUCGUGCGAAGAAGGGAAAACUUUCAGCAACGUGACCAACGACUGUGAGGAAGCUGCUUGCAGCAAUGAGCCUGUCGUACCGGCGUGCAACGGACAGACCGGCACGUUCGUCAACCCCAACCAAUGCAGCUGGUAUUACACCUGCCUGCCAGACGGCUCGAGCAGAUCCUCCUGCUGCAGUGAACCAGGGCAGUACUUCAACGAGGCGAGCCUAGCGUGCGAGGACGCCUGCGUCCUCGCCAACAACACUGCCCCGGCCAGCCCCUGCACCGGCAAGGAGGGCAAGUUCCCGGACCUCUCCGACUGCACCAAGUUCGUGUACUGCGACACCUCGAACACCCCGAUCACGACGCAGUCGUGUCCUUCCGGCACGUACUUCGAAGGAGGAAGCUGCGUCCCCGGCGAGUGCACGAACCCGAUGGAUUUCUCGAACUGCCCCGGCUUCGCUGCGCUCAACUGCUGAGGGAACCGACCCCCUGAUCUCGACUCCGGGCAAUGGCAAAUUUUACUCUUUCAUGUUAAACAGCACGAUGCUUUUGUGAUUGUAACAUUCGAAUGGUUUUUACCCCUUGUAAUAAAGCAGUGAUUGACUA